GCAGGUUUGGCUAACGACUGUGAUUUGUGUACAAUCAACUGGAGCCAGAUUUGUUUUGUGUUCGUCUGAAAUUGACAACUGACACAAUCAGCUGAUAACCACAAACAACGAUGGCAGACAAAAGUGUUGAAGAUAGAGGAAUGUCGAUAUUUCUGGAUGUGUUCAGAAGAGCAGACAAGGAUGAUGAUGGUUUUAUAUCUUGGGAAGAGUUCAUUGCCUUCUUUGCUGAUGGCGUGAUGGGUAAAGAAGAACUGAAAGCUUUGUUCAACGAGAUCGACACGCACAACACUGGCAACAUCGACACGGGAGAACUGUGCACCUACGUCGCCACGCACCUGGGGGACUUCAAGCAAAUCUACGGCACCCUGGAGGAUCUGUCGGCCAAAGUGACGGGGGUGCUCUUCUCCACAUCGAAGAGUUAUGAGGGGGCAGACAGAAAGGAGAAGUUUGUGACCCGGUUCCUGAUGCGGGAGGUACAGAACCAGUUGUCAGCCCUGCAGCAGCCGCUAGAGGCAGCAUCGGAGGAACUCGACCUCCAGGCGCGCAUCGAGAGGGCGGACAUACAACCUGUUGAGGUGGAGGCCAUGAAGAAGACAGGAGCCACCAUCCCAGGUCGGAUUGUCCGGCGAGCCAAGCGACAGGUCAGCUCUCAGAGCACAACUAGCGAAGCAGUUGAGAAUAUUGUGGAGGGGUAUGGUAGCCAGGUGUUGACGCUGCAGGUGGACAGACUGGAAAAUCUCAUAGACAAACUGGAAUCUAAGGUGAACUUCGACAACUUUGUUGAUGAGGAGGUUGUGUAUGAGCCCGAGUGCCUGAUGUUGAUGCUACAGAGGAGCUUUGAAGUGAAGGUGGAGGAGCUGGACAGUUUCAAGUCGAGUCUCAGGGCGUAUGUGGAGUCUACCCAAGGUGUGGGUGGAUGUCGCAAUGUGAGUGUACGAUCAAUCAGAGACAGCAACAAGCUGACCUUGUACGAGAUCUGGAAUACAGAGGCAGACAAGAAAAGAUGCGAAGAAAGUGCAACUAGUGGUACAUUCAUGACGAACAUCGCGAGUCAGCUGGCGACACCCGAGACGUCCAGUAGCAUGACUGUGCCAGGGAGCUGGUGGAACACGUCAAUGUAGAGAGACCAGAACAGAUGUGAGUCAAGUCAAGUAGGACCAAUCUUCCCGAGGCAAGAGAGUUAACUGACUUUAAAGUCCAGUUUCCACACUUGCCGAACUAGGCUUGAAUUGCUGGGCUCGAUCGUAGCGCCACCAGUGGCUAUUAUGAGUCAUGUCCCUUCUAUGCCUCUCCUAUGGACCAAUCAGAUGCCACCUCUUGUAUCACUAGCAUUUGCUUCAAACUAAAU